CGACUGUGUAUCAAGAUGGCGACUUGCACAAAAUUGUCACGUUUUCUGGCUUCACCCAAAUUAAAUCCGUUUUGUGGGGUGAUUAUGUGUAGUGCCAAAAGUAAUCAGCAUCACUCUGCUCGCCAAAAGUCUUCUUCAGCAGAAAAUGACAAUAAUUCAAGCAACCCAGCCAUAGCUUUAUCCAGUGAUGGCAGCACAUUUUUAUGCUGGCACCCACCAAAGAAAUUUCCCUAUGAAAGUACAAAGCCCGUACCAAGAUUUGAAGAAGCAGUUAGAGAGGGUGAUUCUGCCCUCAAAGUUCAGUAUCGUUGGGAUUACCACAAGAGACAGCGUCCCUCUGGUCCUACAACACGGGAACUGUCUGAGAUGUUUUAUACCUACAGAUGGGAGUUCAGACCUAGGCCAGGGAAAUAUAAAUAUAGAAAACCAAACCCUCCUCGAGACAGGGAUGGUAUGUAAGAGAGACAGGUCCUACACCUUGGUGUUUACUGAUCAAAGAAGAUGGUAUAUUUAAAAUUUUAUAGACAGGGGAACACAAAAAGGCAGUGGAAAUAUUCAUAAAGGGAUGUGAUUUGUGAAGUCUGCCUUUGUGAAAAGGGCGUGUGUAUGAAGAUGGAUUGGAACAAGGGCAGGUGGACAGAAUGUGAUGUCAGUGUAAUAUAGAAUGCAAUCAUGGGCAGAUCCGUAGGGGUUAUUAGAAGCUGUGCCUUUCCUUUUCCAAAGAUAGGCUUGUGUAUCUACCCGUCCACCCCCAGCAUCAAAGAAAAGAAGAAAUCGCACUCUCUGAGACCCUCUGAACAGGGUUUUCACAUAUGUAAAGUAAGUUCAUAAUUAGUGAAAGAAAAGGGGAAAUGGAGGGUGGAAAUAUCCUGGUUCCAGCAUUGAUGUUCAAAUUGUCAACUUGUUAAGAUUGAGAGAAGCACUUUGAUGUCAAUCUUCAUUUUUUUUAAGUUCAGGAAUAUGGGUCUCAUAGGCAACUUCCAAAAUGUACUUUGCAUUCAAAGUGACAGCCAUUAAAAUAAAUUUUUUACAUCGCCUUUUUGGGUUCCGACUUUAACAAUAUGUCAUAAAUGGUGGCACAAACUCAUUUUGGAUAUUGGACAACAACAGUUACUUAUGAAAAUGGAAUAUAAGACAAAUGUAACCUCUUUUUUGUAUUAAAAUUAUUUUUAUUGAA